GGUAUGUAUGUAAAUCUUCCAUUUGAUUUUUCUUAUAAAGCCCAAACAAAAGCCACCCAUAUAAUUCUUAAUGAAGCAGGCACCUCUUGUCAACAGGUUGUUUCUACUCGGCCUCGAGAAGUUUGGAAAAGGCGACUGGAGGAGCAUAUCGAGAAACUUCGUCGUGUCGAGGACACCCACACAGGUCGCAAGCCACGCACAAAAAUACUUCAUUCGCCUCAAUUCGAUCAAUCGAGAUCGGCGUCGGUCGAGCAUCCACGACAUCACCAAUGUGAAUAAUGGAGAUGUACAAACUUCUUCCCAGGGGCCUAUAACUGGUCAGGGAAUGGUGAAUUGUGCACCACCUGUAGGAUCCUUCAUUAAUCCGCCUCCAUUACAACCCAAUGUAGCUGCCAUGGGAAUAUAUGGAGCGCCUGUGGGGCAUCCAGUUCCAGGCCACAUUGUUUCUGCUGUUGGAACUCCAGUUAUGCUUCCUCCUGGCCAUGCUCCUUAUGUUCUGCCGGUCGCUUAUCAGAUUCCUCCAACAAUGCAUCAAUAGGGCUGAGUCAACUCAGUGUAUAUUUUUCGAAGCAGAUGGCUCGAUGAAGAAACAAAAUUUGGGAGCUGAUGUAUUAGUUGGUG